CUAUAUUAUCGAGCCGCUCUUACACAUGUGACUCCAACGAAGAAGAGAUGAGAAAGAAUCAUAUCUAAGAUGCCUGAGCGACGUAUUCAAACUUUCGGACCCGUUGGGUGUGAUGCAAUCUACCCCAAUAGCCACCCUGAGAAGUACUUCACCGUAGUAAACUCAAUUUCUUUAGGAACACGACUAACAAUAAUCGAGCACUCAGAUUAGCACAUCAAGAAAAUGAUCUCAUUGAAUAAGCAAUUUAAAAAAAAAAAAAAACACUCUCUUGCUUGCCUUCAACCAAAAUCUCCGGCUUUGAUAUUUUCACUCUUUUGCACAAAAUCUCUCAAUUCAAUCCGCAUGAAAGGCUCUCUCUCUCUCUCUAAAAUGACUAAGCUAGAAGGCUCUCGCUGGCUUGGGUCUCAAUCUCUCUUACCAUAUGCUUUCCAGGAGGAGGUCCAUGGGAUUUCUAGUACAUACACAGGCCCAAAUAAAUGGGUGGCAAAGGGUCUGGUGGCCCGGCCUAAAAUACUAGGUCUUGGGCCACAAAAUACAAAGGACUGGGCUUGGCCUAAAGCAAGAGAGAUAGGCCUAGUUUGGCCCGGUCCUUAUUUUUAAAUCUUUUUUCUGCAGAUUUUCUUUAAUUUUACCACCUUGGGAGGGCCCGGCGACUAAAUAAAUCUGAUUAACUUCUUUUAGCUCCCUUUUUACUAGGGACAAUAGACCCAUGACCCGGGACAUGGCGGGUAUACCUGACAAGGGUCCAGGUAUGGAUUCAACAUUUGGACUCGGAGGGUUGGGUCGGGUUCCAAAACUUGGACCCGAACGCUAUUCAGGUCCGGAUGGACCCGACUCGUACCUAUGAAUUAUUGGAGAUAAAUACUUGAAGCCCUAUUUGUUUGGGUGUAUUAAGACUCGUAUACAAUAAGAACUGUCAGUCAUCUUUCACUAUUAAACGACUACUCAGACCGCUUGAAAGCUAACGGUGGAUUAUUGUGACUUUGUUGAUAAUAAUAUGAAAAAAAAAAAACUUAUAAUGAGGGUAGCAAUAGAACCAAUCAAAUCUGGGACCUGACGGUAUAGACCUGGAACCCGAUGGGUAUAGGUAUGAGUCCAACUUUUGGACCCAAUGGGUUGGAUCCGGAUCCAAAACCUGGACCUCAAUACUAAUCGAGACCGGCCCAUGCUGGACCCGUUGCCACCCUUACUUUUUCAUUCGCUCAAAAAAAAAAAAAAUUCCUUUCUAGAGCCUUUUUUAUCAGGGAAAUUGCGCACUCUUUCUCGGUUCUCUCUCUCUCUCAUAUUCUGCCCUGAUCUCGGACGUUGGUAUGCCAAGGAGCUGACAGAAAGACGAGAGAGCAACACAAGAAUGUCCAUGCCAUCACAUAUCUGCUCAGACCCUGCAACUGACUCUGAUACUCUCUCGGAUGGUCCCGACUACGAACCCAUUUCAUCGGAGCCCGACACUUCUGAAGAUUCCUCCUGGAUCAACAAUGGCGAGUCAUAUUACCCAAAUGAGCACAUCUCGAGCCUCAGUCUGCACGAUUCGAACCCAUCUUCACCAAUUUGCAAUGGUUUCUCUGAAACAGAAUUGGGAAAUGGGUAUUUCUCGCUCAUCCCCAAUGGUAAUAUGAUUGAACAAGAAGCAAUAGAAGAGGAAGAGAAAGAUGAGAGAGAAAUAAAUGCUUCGGAGUCAGCUAUAUCAACUGCCUUUCAAGAAGAUGAGGAGCGACGCAAUGCCCCCUUACCGGCAGAGAGAAGCUCGGCAAUAAUCGAUGCCAUGAGAGGGGUUUCCUUUCAUGGGUCGCCUCCUCCUUGGGUUGAUCGGGUACCUGAAGACCGGUGGCUUGAAAUAUUAAGGCGAUCAAGAUAACCUACAAGCGAAAAUUGAAAUUUGAGAUGCUCUAUUUGGAAAAUACUUUUCCCCUUAUUGGGUAAAUUAAAAAUUUGUUAUCUUUACUUUAAUUGUUACUUCUCUUUGCUUUGUUCUUGGCUUCUUGUCAUUGCAACUUGAAAGUAUGGGCAAGUUAAUUGGAAGUUUUUGACACAUGUCGUUUUUCUC